AGGGUGGCCUUGACCCCCCCCCCAGCCAGCCCCAGAAGCAGCCCCGGAUGGGUGGGGAAACUGAGGCAGGGCGCAAGGGACUUGGCAGCUGUCAGGCAGCCGGUCAUUGGCGGAGCCGGGGCUAGAAGCCAGGAGUCCUGGUGCCAGGCCACUUCCCCCCUCCCCCGCCGUCCUGCUCGCUGGGGGGAGCAGGGUGGGAGUCAGCCCCCCCCCCCCGGCUGCAUCUACCCCCAGGCUUUUCUGCAAUUCUCCCACUGCUGCUCUUCAACGUGGGCUGGGACGGGGCAGCCCCCCACCGGCCAUCUCAGCCCCGUGCAAUGGGGUGGACACACCCUCACGGGGUUGACAUCAGUGCUACCGAGGCUGGGGGCAUUGCAGAAAGUCAUUGGUGGAGGGAAGGGCCCAGAGCUGCCUCUGAUGUUUUCUUCAAGAUUCCCAACCCUGCGUGGAAAGUCUAACGUUGGGGCAGCAGGUCUGCCCACGAAGGAAGCCCAGAGUGCAACCAGCUUAUUCUAUGUUGUAUCCUGAAGCGAGGCAGAGAUGGCCAAAGGCAUUCUAGGAGAGGCCAGUCUUCACUUUGAUGAGCUGAAUAAACUACGAAUUUUGGACCCUGAGGUUGCACAGCAAACAAUUGAACUCAAAGAAGAAUGCAAAGCUUUCGUGGACAAAAUUGCCGAGUUUCAGAAAAUAGUGGGCAGCUUAAUAGAACUUGUUGAUCAACUAGCAAAAGCAGCUGAAAAUGAGAAGAUGAAGUUCAUUCGAUAGGGCCAAAAUUGAGUGCAUGGGACAUUAUGCGUCAGCUCUUGAUGUGUUGCAGUGGGCAGUGCCAUCACCGAAUGCACCUGGCAGAAGGAAGCGGCUGAUUAGAAAACAAAGAGCUUUUAUUUAUACACCUCUUGCUAGCUACUUUGUGAAUGUUCUUGUUGAUGCACAUGUAGAAAUACAUGCCACUAAGAUCUGUGUUUUAUAGGUCAGUCUAGAAACAAGCUUGGACAUUUAGUGUGUUUCAAAAAACUCCCACAAACUUGUAUUGGAAAAAGUUCUGAACUAAUGGUCAGUUCUGAGUUUACUUGUCCCUUCCUUGCCCCAAUCAUCCAGUGGGCAAGUAAUAGUUCUAGGCCUGGCUUUGCCUUUGGUCUUGCGCAGGUUACUAACCUGAGUCAGUCAGAGCAGUGAAUAUUUGAAGGGAAACGCUACAAAGAUGGUAUCUUCCUUGAAGUCUAAUGAUUAAAGCCACUUGGAAAGUUGACUGGUUUGAAAUGACAGUAGUAAGCAAUGAUACAGCUCUAUUACUAAAACCCCGUC